CCCCGUUGGCCAACCUACACUCACGAAACACUACAUGCGCAACAAAAUAGGGGUGUAUAAUGUGACAAUUGUUUCGCAACCUAUACCGAAUAUUGUGCCCAGAAAAAACGACGAUGGAAGGCUGGAUUGGAAAUACAGAGGUCAGAUUGAGCGUGUGCUUAAUUCAGUGGACAUCGACUGUCUGUUAAGGUACAGCGCCGACAUCGUCAUCCAUAAAGGCUAUUAUUGGGAAUCAUCUGAAUCUGGCAUUUUCAACAACUAUUUUGACAAGCUAAUGGCUGAGAAAAAGCGGCAAGAUGUAUACAAAUCUACAAAUGACAAAAAUUACAACGCAGCAUUGCGAGAGCUGUGCAAACUGCAGAUGAACGCGCUAUCAGGCAAGCUUGCGCAACGCCGGUAUGAAAACAUAAGCAUGUUUAUACAAAACAACAAACAACGAUAUGCAUUUGAAAAUAAAGUAGAUAAAGAUACAAUUAAAUACUACGUUGGAAAAAAUUACAUCAUCGCUGAGGGACACCGAAUGAGGACAAGUGUUCAGAAUCCUGUCAUCUGGGGAUCGCUGAUCUACGCCUACGCGCGCACGUAUAUGUACGAUACUGUGCUAAGCAAAGUCAAAGUCUACGGCAUGGACACCGACUCAGCAUUCAUCUGUCAUGAAGACAUCGUCAAGCUUGGAGACAUCUAUGGCGAUGAAUUUGGAGAAUUCAAAAUAGAAACGCAGCAUCACAAAGCUAUCCUUGUUGCUCCGAAAUGCUAUGUGUUUUUCAAUGGUGAUAAAAUCGUCAAGCAACGUUUCAAAGGUGUUAACACAUCCAGAGACAAACUCAUUGACGAAGAAAUGAAAGGCAUCAAUGAAAUCCAUAACUAUUACUUUGACGAACACAAUCACAUCGGCAUAGACACGUACCGAACUAUGCUCAGCAAAAAUAUCAACAUUCUUACAUCGUCGCUGAACAAACGCAUCCAUGCAUCCAACAAGCUGCCGUUGUCGCUCAUGCAACGCUUCAGCAUCAAACACACGCGUGAUUUAUUUUAAAACAUUUUAUAAAA